AGGAUACAGUUUUCCUUAAAAAUGUAUCACAAUUUAUGUUAAAAUUAUCAGAAAAAUAAGCAUUUAUAUUAAUCAUCGUUGCAUGUAAGCAAUGGAUAAAAAUAAAUCGCCUAUUCGCCGCGCAAAACGUCAAUCUAAAGUUGUUGAGGAAAAUUUUUGGGACUGCAGUGUUUGCACCUAUCGAAAUACAGCCGAAGCGUUUAAGUGCUUAAUGUGCGACGUAAGAAAAGUAUACUCGGUUCCAGGCACAUCCACCCGCAAACCUCGCCUGAACUCGGCACUUGUGGCACAACAAGCGGCGACUCAGGCCUUUCCCGGUGCCUCUGGUGCUCCACCACAAAACUCGAAAUCACCGGGCAACAAAACAUCACGCAACAAAAACAAACGUUCUAAGUAUCCCGCAAGAUUAAAAAAUAUAGAUCGAUCCAGCGGACAAACUCGAGAAGUUACAGUCAAUUCGGUUACGGUAGUGAUCACCGAAUAUAAACCCAAAUCAACUGUCAGUAGACAUGAUUCAAGUGAGAGCUAUAGUGAAAGUAACGACUCCAGAAGUUAGAUUAAUUAAAAAAGUGUAGAUUUAUAUUUCAUCCAACAUAAUUUAUUUCAAGUAUUUCAAUCGGACCAUCUAUAAAAACUAAGAAAUCCGAUAUAUCUACUUCAAAAGAAAAUGUGAAUAAUAGCUCUUAUCGGCUCAAUGCAUUUGCGUUUAAUUUAUUUCGUACAUGUACUUUUGUUUUUGCUUUCUUAUCUCUAGCAUGUUACGUUAAGUAUUAAGCUAAAAAAUGUACUGUAUCUGUUUUGUUUCUUUAUUUCAUGAAAUGAUAUUAUUUUCUUCAUUUAUUACAUAUAUCACAUUGUAAGUUAGGUAAAUAAUGGAACUGACUUGAAUGUAAACUUAAAUGUUUUUUAGAUUGCGGAUUCUUGAUUCUUGAAUACUUUCUUGACGUUAGUUUUUAAUAAUAAUGUUAAAUCAGGUUGAAUUUUAUUUUUAAACUAUAUUAUGAUGACUUAUUAGCUUAAGAUUGCAAUGAAUCAAUUGCAUGUGUAAGAAAGAUUAAUACUGCCACAUAAUUCAAAACCACGAAACCAGUAAUUUAUAUAAAAACAAUAUGGAAGCUACAAAGCAUAAUAGAUACACAGACUUCCACAUCCGAAUGUUCUACGAUUAUUUUUAUAUUCCAAACUGUCGAAUGCAAUCUUUGCAUUUAUCAUAAACAACAUAAUCGAAGAGCACAAGCUCAUUGAUCGAAUAUAGAAACAACGCAUUCGUAUUGUGAGAGCCAGAUUUUCACUACAAAGUCUGAUUUAUCCGUCAACGCAUGUCUAUGUGGAUCUAGAAUACUUAUGAGUUACAUGAUUUUAAAGCAAAGUCUAGC